AUGCCGCAAAACGAGUACAUUGAAGAGUCGAUAAAACGUCAUGGAAGGCGGUUUGAUUAUGAAGAACGCAAACGGAAAAGACUUGCCCGUGAUGCGCACAGUUCCUCAGCAUUUGCUCGUAAGGUUCAUGGUUUACGGGCUAAAUUACAUAAUAAGAAGCGUCAUGCUGAAAAAAUAGAAAUGAAGAAAAAAAUUAAACAACAUCAAGAAAAAUCUUCUAAACAAAAAGAUGCUCAAGCAAUUCCUGAAGGAGCAAUUCCUACUUAUUUGUUGGAUCGUGAAGGACAACAAAGAGCUAAAAUAUUAUCAAAUAUGAUAAAACAAAAACGUAAGGAGAAGGCAGGAAAAUGGACUGUACCAUUACCUAAAGUACGUGGAAUUGCGGAAGACGAAAUGUUUAAACAAUGGAAACGUAUGAUCACAAAAGCUACUUUUGUGGGUGAUGGAUUUACUCGUAAACCACCAAAAUAUGAAAGAUUCAUUAGACCAAUGGCUUUAAGAUACAAAAAAGCUCACGUUACUCAUCCAGAAUUAAAAGCUACAUUUCAUUUACCAAUAAUUGGUGUUAAAAAAAAUCCUCAAAGUCCUCUUUACACACAAUUAGGAGUAAUGACUAAAGGUUCUAUUAUAGAGGUUAAUGUAUCUGAACUUGGACUUGUUACAACAUCUGGAAAAGUUGUGUGGGGUAAAUAUGCACAAGUCACCAAUAAUCCUGAAAAUGAUGGUUGUAUCAAUGCUGUGUUACUUGUUUGA